UUUGCAAAUAUUUCCCCCGAGGCCAGGCCUCAGGCUUCAUGAGCAGCAUUGUGGAGAGCCUGCUGUGCACCAGGCCCGUGUGCGCGUGGGCCGCUGAGCGGUGGACGCUCACCUUCCUGGGGGAUUGCGGAGAGCAAAUAUUCCAGGAGGAGGUGCCCAAACUCGUGCACCUCCUUUACACCUGCCUGCGGAGCACCCGGCAGAGCGCUCGCAGGUGCUUUGUGCUGCGGGCCGUGUUCCUCCUGGCCCACUCUCACCCACAGCCGGUGCUCGACAGCCUCCUCCAGGCGUGCCUGCCCACAGACAGCGACAUGGUGGAGGUGUGGAGGAGCCUGGGGAGAAGCGUCCUGGGGUGCCAAAUCCUGGUGUGCUUAACUGAAAAGUUAAGGGCAGCGGGAAAGAGCAGCCACAGGAGCGAGUGCUGCACUCGGGAGCUGGGCAGCAGCCAGGCUGCCCUGGAGCCUCGCACGAUCACCCACGCCCUCUGCGAGGUGGUGUCAGUGCUGCAGAGGAAGACACUGGUCCAGCGCCUGCUUCCCUCCCUGCUUCCCGGCCUUCUGAGGCAGGUCAGCGAGACGCUGGGGGAGGAGCUGGCACCGUCCGUUGGGGACCUGGAGAGCGCUGACAUGCCGGGCAGCCUUUUUGUGGCGGCAUUGGAGCUGGUGCUGGCGAGGUGCCUGGACAAUCGGUGGCUGCGGCUGCUCCGGGAGCAGGGAGCGUGGGCGUCCCUGGCAGAGCCCCGGGCUCACAGCACCGGCGUGUGUCUCCUGGCGAGGUGAGAGCCCGGGA